AUGGCCCGUAAAUAUAGCAGGAAAGAGUAUCUGUCAGUCAAGGACCUGGAGAAAGUUUUGGACUCGUGUAAGUUAAACUUGCACCAAAUCGAUGAGGUCUGGCCAAACCUGUACAUCGAGAACGUACGAGCUGCUCGAAACCGAAGCGGCCUGCAGAAACUCGGCAUCACUCACAUUCUGAACGCCGCUCACACCAAGAGAGGAAGCAUCGGGGACCAGAACUACUACGGCACUAGUUUUGUGUACUGCGGGAUCCCCGCUGACGACUCCACACACUUCGAUUUGGACGUUUACUUCAAACCGGCAGCAGAAUUCAUUCACAAAGCUCUCAACACUCCUGACGGAAAAGUUCUGGUGCACUGCAUCAUGGGAAUGAGCCGCUCCUCGUCGCUGGUGCUGGCGUACAUGAUGCUCUAUCAUGACAUGCCUCUGCACGCGGCCAUACGGCGCGUCAUCCAGAAACGAGCCAUCUAUCCCAACAGAAACUUCCUGGCUCUGCUGCUGGACCUGGACCUGCAGAGGAAGAAGAAGCACAGACGAUGUGUCCUGCUCUGA